AUGAUUAUCGGAGCAUUCGCAAUGUUCCUCCUGUGGAGGAGAAAGAAGAAGAACAAUAAAGCAGCAAUCGCAUUGAAGGAUCUAGGAGACGAGAAAGACGACUACCCAUUACGAUCCGUUGACGAUACCGCAAAUCAAGCAGCAUCCACUCACCACGACAUGCCCAAAGGAACUGCUACUGUAGCAUACUAUACCAGCUCGUCCCAAUAUCCACACGAAAUACCCGAAUGGAACGUUGAGAUGGAUGCUACAGAAGCCGAGCGCCAGAGAGUCGCUGGCACACCUGCGUAUCAAGCUCCCAGUCCAGUCAGCCCAGAGAGCGGGGUUGAAGCAGCAGAACUUGCUGGAAUGGCGAGGGUACCGAGGAAACCUAUUGCGCCAGUUGAGCUUGAUAGUACGCCAGUUAUACCAGAGGUGGGGGAUGCGUAUAUACCAUAUCGACCUGGUAGAGAGUAG